GCACAGCGGCGCUGGAGGCAGAGAAGGCGAAGGCGCUGCCGGACAUGGACUCCCGGCACUUUCUGCUCUACAACGAAGACCACCGCAAGUGCGUGGAGGCCAACGGGCAACAGCUGACGGCAACAACGUGCCGGCCCGAGGCGGCGGCACAACGCUUCCAGUGGUUACCCGGGGGUAGGCUACGGGGUUGGGGGAGCCAGCGUUGCGUUACGGCACCCCGGGCGCAAAACUUGGCCCUCCUGAGGCUGGAGCCGUGCCGGGAGGGCAAUGAGCUGCAGCGUUGGGAGUGCCGCGACGGUGGGCUGUUGGCGCUGGCCGGCUACAAUCUCUACUUCAAUUACGGCAACAACGUGCAGCAAACGGUGAUGCUCUACACCGGGGAUCGCAAGUGGAGCCGCUGGGUCAUCCACGGGAGCAAGGACGACGUCUGUUCCCGCGCCUGCUGUCCCCCUUGCUCCAAAGGCUGGACCUAUUUCAGGAAUUCCUGCUAUUUCUACUCCAAGACAGAGAGCUCCUGGGAGAACGCCCAGCGCUUCUGCUCAGCCCUGGGCACGCAGCUCCUGGAGGUGGACAGCCCCGAGGAGAAG